AUGGGAGCCAGGCUGCUGUGCCUCUUCCUCGCCUCUGCCCUCGUCGCUUACUACAUCUACACCCCCAUCCCCGAGGACAUGGGGGAGCCCUGGAAAGUGAUGUUCAUCUCGGCUAGCUUCAGGGCCAUCGGGCACCUGGCUGGGGCCGCUGAGCAGCUGGGUCUGGUGCACUACAUGGAAGCUCUGAUGCUGAUCACGGCGGCCGAGUACGUCGCACCCACGUCCGAUGAAAACGUCACCGUGACGGACACGGAGUUCAGCAACGUGGCCGUCCGCCUGUACCUGCCCAGAAGGGCGGCUGAUGGGCUGCGAAGGGCGGUGCUCUACUUCCACGGCGGAGGAUGGUGCCUCGGACAGGCAGGCAUGAGAUCCUAUGAUCAUCUGGCAAGGUGGACUUCAAACAGCUUAAAUGCUGUCGUGGUGUCAGCCAAUUACAGGUUGGCACCUAAAUACCAUUUUCCCGUUCAGUUUGAAGAUGUGUACUCGGUAACGAAAUUCUUCCUCCAGAGCAGCGUCCUCUCCCAGUAUGGGGUGGACCCGGAUCGGGUCUGUGUUGCAGGAGACAGUGCAGGUGGCAAUUUAGCUGCAGCUGUGGCACAACAGCUGUUGGAAGACUCUGAAGUCAAAACUAAACUCAAAGCCCAAGCUUUGAUUUACCCUGCUCUUCAAGCCCUUGACCUGAAUUUACCAUCUUACCAAGCAAAUGAAAACAAGCCCCUCUUAUCCAAGCUGCUUAUGGCCAGGUUCUGGAGUGAAUAUUUCGCCUCUGAUCCAUCUCUGUGGGAAGCGAUAGCCUCCAACAGGCAUGUCCCAGCUGAAGCCAGCCACUUAUUUCAGUUUGUAAACUGGAGCAAUUUGCUGCCUGAAGAGCUGAAGAAGGAUCACGUUUACGCCGGCCCCAGCUACGGGAGCUCCGAGCUCGUGCAGAAGUACCCGGGGCUCCUGGACGUGCGGGCGGCCCCGCUGCUGGCGAGCGAUGCCCGGCUCCGCGGGCUGCCCCUCUCCUACAUCCUCACCUGCGAGCACGACGUCUUGCGGGACGACGGAGCCAUGUACGCCGAGCGGCUCCGGGCCGCGGGCGUGCCCGUCACGCAUGACCACGCCCAGGACGCCUUUCACGGGGCCAUGACGUUUGUCUUGAGUCCGGUCAAUUUAGCUGUGGGGCACCGGCUGUUAAACAGAUACGUUGAGUGGUUAAAUGAGAAUCUGUGAGUCAGGAAUGUUGCUCUGGUACGCCGGGCUGGCGUUCGCUGGGUGCGGGGGAGAAUAGGAGCUCUGUGAGGUUUUGGGCGUGAUUGCCGUCUUCCUUGUGUUGCCCUGCAGUGUCUGGAUUGCCACGUUUCUCAUCUUCUCUGGCAGGAAAACCACUCUAACUCUGACCUAAGUAUUCUUCCAGUGCUGUUGCCUGGGCUCAGAGCCCCGUGAACGGCUGGGGCUGCCCUGGGAUUUCUCUCCUGGCCAAGACCAGAAGGGUUGGCGUGCCCGACCCUGCCCGUGCGCUACCUGGGCUCGCCAAGGGCCGGCUCAGCACCGCGUGUGGGUCUUCACAUCUUGGCUUGGUGGCUUCUCGUCUCUUCUGUCGUGAUGUCUUUGUGUCACAGGCUUGUGCAGAUGGGCAAGGUCGCUGUUCGCACACGGGAGGUUUUCGGUGGCCGUGGGCCCCCGCCUCGUCCCGUGGGACGCGCCGGCGAGGUCCCGCUGCUGCCGUUGGGUGAUGGGGCGAGCGGAGGCGGAGGGACCCAACUUCAUGAAGUCCAAGGCAGCUUGUGAAACCUCUGCCCGUGGCGCGCGGCCGCUGGGCUUGGGCAGUUGUCCCUCUCCAGCACAGCUCCAGGGAAGCGCUUGAAAACUGGGUGAGGUGGCUGUAACAGUGAAAAAGUUUGGGGGUUUGGGGUUUGUUUGGUUUGGGUUUUUUUGAAAAAAAAAAAAAAAAAAAAGCAUCUGUCUUACUCGGUAAUCACUUCCUUUGAUCCCUAUACUAGAAGGAAAUAGUGUAACAAACCAGCACUGGAUAUUCAUCAGGUAAAGGAAGACUGUGAACGUCCUAGCCUUACAGUAGCACUGCUGCAUGGUUCAUGCUCUACUUACCAAAUAAGCUAAGUGUUAUGUGUUCUAAUUAUCCUUAAAACGGUUUAAUGGUUUUUACACAUGAAUUUUUAAAAAUAGUAUUAGUUUAGUAGCUUUGUAGGCUUGAAAAACAAUUCAGCUGUCAGUCUUAGACAAAUAUCCUCUAUAUAAAUGUUUUCUGUAUUAAAUAUACACCCUAAAAACUUUGAAUAAUGAAAGCACACACUGGUUCGUUGUUGGUUUUAAACUGAUCACAGCACACCACAAACAGGUGCUUCUAGCAUCUUGCUGUUUUCUUUUGCACAAAUGACACUGAAUCUUCGAUAAUUCUGUUGUUAUUUGUGUUUUUUUGUUUUCUUUUUUUUUUUUCUGUGCGUGUGCAGCCUGCUUAGGUGGAACGUAUAUGGAA